CUGUCUCUGUUGAGCAGAACUUCUCCUGACAAAACACCAUACACCGCGCAAAGGGUGGCAAGAUGAGCCGUCCUCCCCUGGGGCAGACCCUCUUCGAGUUUGGUUGCACUUGUGUGCUCUCCGCCAUCGCCAACGUCCUCAUCAACAAGAAUGACGAGAGAAUCCGGCAAGAACGGGAGGCAGAGGAGGCAGCCGUCAUCGAGCACGAACAGCUGCAGAUUGCGUUCGCGAAGAAGGAGUCGGAGCUCCGACUCCAGAAGCAGCGCGCGGCUGAGUCGUACCAACGGCUCGCCGAUGAGCUUGAGAUUUCGAGACAAUCGUUUCUCAACGCCACCACCGCCACCACCGCCGCAGCGCCGGCUCACAACAUCACCCUCGGGGCAGGGACAGGAUCCCUGACCCCACCACCAUUCGCCCUGGUCGUCGCCGCCGGCCUGCUCGCCCUCGCUCUUCUCCUCUCGCUCUGCCUCCCCCUCUCGCUCUGCCUCCCCCUCCGCCACAUGCGCAAGGGCCACGGUCGCCAUCGCGCGGCCGCAACCCACAAGCCCAAGAAGUCGCGAGCAGAGGCCGGGCGUGCCAGCGAACUGGCAGCCCUCACCAACGAUGCCACCCUAUCUGGGUGGCAGUACGUUGAAAGCCUCUUUCGCCUGGACACCCUCGCUGCCGCCUUCUCCUCCGCAGAGCUCGAAAUCACCACGUUGCGCACGCAGAGAUCAGAAGCCGAUCUCGAGCACGCCGUGGCUCUCGCAGCUCUGCAACCUCGCCUGGACACCCUCGCUGCCUCCCUCGCCUCCGCAGAGCUCGAGAAGACCACAUUGCGCACGCAGAGAUCAGAAGCUGAUCUCGAGCACGCCGUGGCUCUGAAAGCUCUGCAAACUCGCCUCGAAGAAGCCACUGCGUCCCUCGUCUCGAAAGACCUCCAGCUCGCCACGCACCUCAAGACAAAAGAGGCCGCAGCGAGCCGCGAGCAAGUCCAGAAAGACGAGGCGGCAAAGCUUCGAGCGGCGAGGAACGCAAUUUCCUCUCUGAAGGCAGACCAUUUGCCUUCAAUCCGGACGCUGGCCAACGCCCUGAAAGCAGCUCCAAUGACCACCGGCGACCCCAAAUUCAGCUCGGGGCUUGAACACCUCGACGCUGUCCUCGAUUGCCUGGAGCGCAACUCCAAUGGCAUCGUGCCUGCUCACCGAGCAGAAGCACAAGUCGAGGCCAUGCUGGGGGUCAUUUCUGGCGGGAGGUUUCACUUCCCGCAGGAGUAUGCUGACAGGGCACGCCUGUUGCUGGAUGACUUUCGCGCGCGCAACUGGGGUGAGACGAGCCGUCCGGCGGCCGUCGAACCUCAGCGGGACACCACCACGCCGCCGGAAGAGAGGAAAGAGCAGGAGGCUGAGGUGAAGCAGGAGGAGAAGAAGAAAGAGGCGGAGAAGAGUGAAGAUGAGGAGGAGGAUGAGGAGAAGCAGGAUGGAGAGGGAGAGAAGGGUGGCAAGAAGAAGAAGCGACGCCAACCCAGAAAGUACGGCGAGGAUUGGCGGCUGAGAAGCCUGAAGGCUCUCCCGUUCUUCUCGUCGUCGGAGGUCUAG